AUGGAUGAGUCGUACAACAACAGGAUGUCGCUGGUGAAGGGCGCCAAGGACAUCGCCAAAGAGGCCAAACGCCACGCCGCCAAGAAGGUCAGCAAGAUCGUGAACCGCGCCACGGACGAGUACUCCUCCCAACGCAACUACAGCCAGUUCCAGAACGAGGACAAAGACAAUGACGACAUGUGCUACACACAGCCUGACAGCAACGGCCACUUUCCCUGCAGCCGCACAGCCAACGACGAAGACGGCGAACACUACGCCAGUGACGCCACAGAGGGUCACGAUGAUGAAGAUGAGAUCUACGAGGGGGAGUACCAGGGGGUGCCUGCUUACACUGACAGGAUGCCCAGGGAUGGGCAGGAUUCUCUGGGUCAACCUGUCUCAGACAGCCUGAGGGACCGUAAGGAGCUGGAGCUGGAGAGGCAGGCGGACGAGGAGGAGCUGGCCCAGCAGUAUGAGCUGAUCAUGCAGGAGUGUGGCCAUGGCAGGUUCCAGUGGCAGUUGUUCUUCGUGCUGGGCAUGGCGCUGAUGUCAGACGGUGUUGAGGUGUUUGUGGUGGGGUUCGUCCUGCCCAGCGCCGAGACUGACAUGUGUGUUCCCAACUCUGGAGCUGGGUGGCUAGGUAGCAUAGUGUACCUGGGGAUGAUGGUGGGGGCGUUCUUCUGGGGGGGUCUGUCAGACAAGGUGGGCCGUAAACAGUGCCUGCUCAUCGCUAUGUCUGUCAACGGCUUCUUCUCCUUCCUCUCCUCCUUUGUCCAGGGGUACGGCAUGUUCCUCUUCUGCCGCAUGUUUUCCGGCUUCGGGAUUGGUGGGGCGGUCCCCAUCGUGUUCCCCUACUUUGCGGAGUUCCUUGCGAGGGAGAAGAGAGGAGAGCACCUGAGCUGGCUCUGCAUGUUCUGGAUGAUAGGAGGGAUCUAUGCCUCGGCAAUGGCCUGGCUCAUCAUACCACACUAUGGAUGGAGUUUCAGUAUGGGCUCCGCCUACCAGUUCCAUAGUUGGAGAGUGUUUGUGGUGGUGUGUGUUCUACCCUGUGUGUGUGCUGUCGUAGCACUCACCUUCAUGCCCGAGAGCCCACGAUUCCUCCUAGAGAUGGGUAAACAUGACGAGGCAUGGAUGGUGCUGAAACAGAUCCAUGACACCAACAUGAGGGCCCGUGGAGAACCAGAGAAAGUCUUCACCGUGAACAGAAUAAAGCUCCCUAAGCAUCUGGAUGAAUUGGUAGAGAUGCAGUCAGACUCAUCCAACCCUGUUGGCAAAGUCCUCUUCAGGAUCAGGACUGAACUCAGAGGGAUCUGGUUAACAUUCAUGAGCUGUUUCAACUACCCAGUGAAAGACAACACCAUCAAACUGGCCUUUGUGUGGUUCACACUGUCUUUUGGGUACUAUGGCCUAUCAGUGUGGUUCCCUGAUGUCAUCCAUCACCUGCAGUCUGAUGAGUAUGCCUCUAGAGUGAAGACUCACAACAACGAACAUACAGAAGACUUCACCUUUAACUUCACCCUGGAGAACCAGAUACACACCAACGGAGUAUUCGUCAACGACAGGUUCAUCAGUAUGAAGUUGAAGUCCGUCACCUUUAUAGACUCUACGUUUCAGAACUGCUACUUUGACGACGUGUCAACAGUGGGCUCAUUAUUCAAGAACUGCACCUUCGUAGAAGCCUUCUUUUAUAACACAGAUAUUGACGAUUCUAAGCUGGUGGGGUCGAGGGUGAUCAACAGUUCGUUCCACCACAACAAGACGGGCUGUCAGAUGACCUUUGAUGAUGACUACAGCGCCUACUGGGUCUACUUGGUCAACUUCCUGGGGACGCUUGCCGUGUUGCCCGGCAACAUAGUCUCCGCCCUUCUCAUGGACAAGAUAGCGCGCCUGAGCAUGCUGGGGGGCUCCAUGGUGCUGUCAGGCAUCAGUUGUUUCUUCCUGUGGUUUGGGACAAGUGAGUCUAUGAUGAUCUUCAUGCUGUGUCUCUAUAACGGCCUCAGUAUAUCAGCCUGGAACUCCCUGGACGUUGUUACUGCUGAGCUCUACCCGACUGAUAGGAGGGGUACAGGUUUUGGGUUCUGUAAUGCCAUGUGUAAGCUGGCAGCGGUGUUGGGGAACCUGAUCUUCGGCUCUCUGGUUGGCAUCACAAAGACCAUCCCCAUCCUGCUGGCGUCGGCUGUACUAGUGGGAGGAGGCCUGGUGGGACUACGACUGCCUGACACACGCGGCAACGUCUUGAUGUAGA